AUGGCCGACUCCGAUCCCAAGGUUUCGCAAGAGAACGGCAGUGAAGAGAAUCAGGCAUCGGCUGGUGAGAAGCAUCAGAUACAGCAUGAGUCGCCUGACGCAAAGCGCCCUAAGACUGAGAAGCAAAAGACCCUCAAAAAUGUAGGCGUCACGUCGGAACACGCAGGCGAAAAAUCCGAGGAGAAGCAUGAAGAGAAGAGCGAAGAACAGGCCAAACCCGGCGAGAAGGAGGAGACGGAUGCCAAAGGCGCUGUUCAGCCCGCCGAAGAACCUAAUGUCCCGUCCAACAUCCUCGAGAAAGGCAUCAUCUACUUCUUUAUGCGCGGCCGCGUAAACAUUGAAGACCCCGAGAGUGUUCAGGACAUUGCGCGUUCCCACAUCCUGUUGCGCCCUAUCGCGAAGGAUGCUCGAUUGGGUGAGGGGGCCCUCGCCGACGUAGGGAACACUCGAUUGCUCGCCCUUCCCAAGAAGACACUGCCUAUGAGCGGCAAGGACCGCUUCAUGGUGUUUGUUGAAAAGUCGGGCGCCUCCUAUGACGAGAUCAAGAAGGAGUUCCUUGCAGCGUCCGAGUAUGAGACAAAGACGGCUGGUACGCGUCGCACCCCAGCUGCCACGCCAGUCGGCGAGGGCGUGUAUGCCAUCACGUCGACGGGUCAGAAUAGCCACUUGGCCUAUCUCCUGACCCUCCCCGAAAAGUUAGAUGAGGUGCAGGAAGAGCUGGGCCUCAAGAAAGAGGGAAGCUUCAUUAUCAGUACCAAGAACCCCCAGCAUUCUGGACCCGCGAAUACGCAGCUACCCGAAGGACCUGAUUUUUCAAAAGAAAUCAUUGACGAGUUCCGAACUCGCCGUUGGAUGCCCUCGAAGCCAGCUCACUUGGACUAUGUCAAUACCCAGAUUUUACUCAUUGGGGAGUCGUCGGGUAUCAAAAAGGCCGUUGAGCCACAGAAGGAAGGCGAAGAGAAGGGCAAGGAAGACCCAAAGACGGUGCUCGAGAACCUCGAGGAGGAUGACUUUGAGCGUAUGAAGGAUCUCGCAGAAGACGAGUCGGCUGCCAUCUUUGCAGACUUGCAUGCGCAGGCUAAGGACUACCCGAAGCUGCAGACGACUUUUUAG